GUGACGCCAGAGUUUCGCAGCGCAGGGAAGCCGCACGUCAGAGGCAUAAUGGCGGAGGCUGGUUGAGAAGGAGAAUUACUCCGUGAAGCGGCGCUGAAACAAACUUCAUCGCCAGUCGACGAAGUGAUCUGUGGCCAAAAUGGCCUGUAAUCUGAACGAAGACAGAAAAUACGACCGGGAUGGCAUCAAAACCAGCGACCUGUGUCUGGACGGCAGCGAGAGCCAGGAACAAUUGUCAGCCUCUACCACGACUACAUCCAAGCAAAAUGGCGAUCAAGCUGGAUGCGAAGACGAGCAAAUGUCUGAACAAGAUGCUUGUGAGCGGCGGAGGAGUGGGCUGUCAGAUUUGAAGAACUGCAACACUUCACCGUCGGCGCUGCACAGGUCAUCCGAGGAGUGGUCGAGGAAGACUUUCCAAAUCCCACGGAAGAUCAAGGAGCGCAAAGGACUACUUCAGCAUUUGGUGCCAGAAUCGUGGGAGUUUGAGGAACUUUUCAAACUACUGUCUUCCUCAUACCUGGAUGCAUCAUCUCGAGGAGCUUUCACCUACACUAAAGCGUGUCUCGUUCACAAUGAGCUCCUGGAGAAAGAGUAUGUAGAAAAGAAAAGGGAACUUAAGCAAGCUGGGCGGACAGACACUGAGCUUACUGACUCCUAUGCUUUUCUGCUGCCUGAUGCAAAAAAGACUCGCUGGGUGUGUGAAAAGGGCCUUUCAGUGGGACAUGCACGUAUUAACAAUUUGGGAAAUCCCAAUAAAGGGGUUUACCUUUCAAAAUACUCAGAUUUGCUGCAAAUGAAUCCGUUUGAAGCAGGUGCUUCUGGGGACAUAAUCAUAUUUAAAGUUAUGAAGGGUAGAUUAAAAAGCUUAUUUGAAAAUACACCCAAGAGUAAUCUGGAACCUACACCUAAAUUUGAUUGUCACGUGCACAAAAAUGCCAGCAAAGUCACCUCAUUAUUGUCAUACAGGGCUUUUGAGCUCACUCAGCAAUACUUUUAUGAGUUUGCGUUUGAAGAGCUGAGGUCACGGCCCAGACACGUGUGUCCCUAUGCUGUGGUGUCCUUUAAGUAUAAAGGCAAAGAGUCGGCUACGGCUGCUCACAGAUUAAGCAGUGUUGUGUCUGAAGGACAUAGAGGAUGGCGCAGAUAUACAGUGUGGAGUGGCUCAUUAGUAAACAGGGGAGAAGAGCUGUAUCACGUGUGCAUCCGGUCGCCCAAACUCCCCCUUUUACCCCUCAAACUUCCUGACAAAAUUGACAUAAAUAUGGCAAUGCACCUUGAUCAAGUGAAGCGGAAAAUUCCUUCUACACUGCUGUCAUGGGAUGCAUAUAGUGGAACACAAGAGGUAAUGAAAUGUGGGAUGUACUGCAGCCUGUUUGAUGUCAUAGCUAAGAGCAAGCAGGGAAACUGUCUGUCUGGCCUGUUACACAAAAUGGAGAAAGAGAAAAUGGUUCUUGUGAAGCCACUGGCAGAAAGAGGCUUUCUUUUCCUCUUGUCAUCAUCUCAUCUGCAAAGUUCUAACGAAAAGCGAGGGAGAAGCGAUAGAGGUCUACAGGCACUUUUUGUUUUUCAAGAGUCCAGAAUUACAGGCAGGUUAAUGGCCAAGCAUGCUGGCCUACGCGUGGACUCUCUGGUUCCAUUAGAGCCCAAAGACCCAAACACUGAUCACCUACAGACCUUUGCUCCUGCCUUGCACCACGCUUUCUUUAAACUGCGCUCCAGUCCACCUAAAGAUCUGGCGAGUGCAGUGAAAAGCCAAGUUCUGGACUAUUUGAGUUUGAGGGAGCAUGGUUCAGGACGGUCAUACUCUGUACCCGAGUACCGGUCAAGCUCGGAUGAACGACCUGGGCAAUACCCACCUCAACGGCCCAAGAGCAUGGACUCAUUGCUAAAUACAUAUGUCCAUGCACCUGCAAACUUUCAACUGGCCAUAACAUGCCUGCAGCAGGAUAUAGAGGACACUGGACCUGCCAUGGUUGACGAAUAUAGUCCUGUGUCUGACUGGAGUGGCUCAGGCAGCACAAGGACCGGACUGGCUCAGUCUAAUGGUGGUAGUGUUCAGAAGCCCCAGGGCGAGUAUGACAAAGAGAAAAUGGAGAAGCUGCUGAAACUGAUCCAACUGCACAAGCGUUCAUUGGGCAAGGAGGAUGGAGGCGUGCAGGAGCGCACUGAGGACUGGGAACCUGCUGGGCACAAGCGGAGGCCUGAGGGUGACCUCUCAGCUGGUGUCAGCAAGUACCUAAAGACCGAAGUCUUGAGCAAUGGAGAGCAAGGGAGAGUUCCUCAGGGUGAAACAUCCAUGUCUUUGUCAGACAUGAUGGACGGCAUGGGGAUGUGUGACACAGACCUGCGUGAGCAUGUUAGCCACACCACACCCAUACAGGAUACGCAGACUCUGCUUAAAUUCUUUAUCACUGCUCUGAAGAAGGUGUCUCACAGCACUGCUGCUGCUGCUGCUGCUUCUGCCACUGCUGCACAUCUUAUGCUGCCCACGCAACUCCAGGAGAGCCUGGUACCUGAGCAGACAUGUGAGCCAGCAGAACCCGCUGCCCACUAUGAGCGCAACUUGCGAACCAGACACACAGAGGAUGAGCAGGUCUCACUCGAUUAUCUGGAGGAUCAGAUGACUUGCACUACUGGCAGUAUGGACUUGUGCAGUCCGUCCUCCGGCUUUGAGCAACAGGUGCAGCUACCUGCUGAAGCUAGUCAUAAUCGCUUACAGUGGAGAACAUCCUCAACUGUCCCAGUUACUGCGGUUGAUCCAGGGCCAUCAGGUACGUCAGUGAAGGACAGAACAAUACCAGCAACAGGGCAAACACUAGACUCCAUCCUAGACCAGGAGUUUCAGUCUCUCUGUACAGGCAUCCAGGAGCUAAUGGAAAGGCAGCAAAUAUUUUAUGUUUCCCAGCCCACACUGCCUUGGCAUAAGGAAACUUCCAGCAGUUUGGAGACCACCUUCUCUCCAUAUGUUUCGAAAUACAUCUCACCUCUGCCGGUACAGGGUUACAUCAGCACGCUAUGUGAAAAGAUGAACCACAUGAUCAGUUCACCUGCUGCUUCUUUAUACCCUGUUGCUCAAAACGAUACAGUUCAACUUGCUCUUGCUCCUCUUCCUCCUCCACCUGUUGCUGAUCUUUCAGCUGCACUUACUGUGCCUCCUACAGUUACUACUGCUACAGUUAUCCCUUCCAAACAGUCAGCUAAACCACAGGAGUCUUUACACAAGGCAGCCAGCAAGCCACAAACAUCUGUUUUAACCCCGACACCAACUCCUACCCUUACUUCACCUCCUCCUGCUCCCAAGAAACAUGCGUCCCCUACCAGAAAAUCUCACCCAGGGAAAAAGAUAGAUACAAAGGUUCCCAGUGUUGCAGACAGUCCUAAAUGUAUGCCUGCAGUAAACACUGGUCUCCCACUAAUACCCGAAGUACCGCCUGAACCUGCCCAGGCAAGCGCACCAGGAAGUGACAUGAUGGGCCAGAUCAAGCCAGAUGUGCUGUGCACACUGAUGGAAAUCAUGCAAAUGAAUGCAGUUAGAUUUUACAUUCAGCGUGGGGAAGAAGAGGAAAAUGAACUUUACACUGAGAUUAAGAGUUACUUAGAGAACCUUGGAAACAUUGAGUGCAAUCCUUUGACCUAUCUGGAAAACAACUGUCAGCAGAAAUUCAUGGUCAUCAUUCAGAAUGAAGACAUUGCUUCUCAUGUUCAAAAGAUUCCUGAAUUGGUUUCACUAAAGAAGCUGACUACAGUGUAUUUUGCUGGUGUGGACAGCCUCGAUGAUGUGAAAAAUCGCACUUACAAUGAACUUUUUAUGUCUGGAGGCUUAAUCGUAUCAGACGAGCUCAUCCUGAACCCAGACUUCAUUAGUUUAGAGAAACUACAGGCAUUCCUGCAGUUAUUGGAGGGACAGAACAUGCCAUGGAAGUGGAAGGUGCACUGUAAAACUCAGAAGAAGCUGAAGGAGCUUAGCAGGUCAAACAGUGAAGCUAUGGAUCUGCUAAAUCUGCUGACAGCUUAUCAAAAGAAGCACCUGGUGGAGUUCUUGCCUUACCAUGAGUGUGACGCUCCAUCACGACAAGCUCCAGAUCUGGACUGUCUAGUGAAGUUACAGGCUCAGCAUACACAGCUCCGACACAUCAUCUUCCUCACAGAUAGGUCCAUUGACAUGUCCAAAUACAACAGUAAUGGGAUCAUCAUUGCUAGCUUGAAUGAGAUAAUGACAGACUUUGAGAGCCUGAUAAGCAGGACUCGAGCUGAAGACUCCACCCAGCCCAUUGUCCCGGCUUCAGCAGAGCCAGAUGCGUGCAUGGAUGAGGAGGACAUGUCCCUAGACUCAGAUGAGGAUGCAACCUUGCAAUCAGAGAACAGGGCAGCGGAGAAGCAGAACACACUACCUCUUCAACCCAUGAGUGAGGACAUUCUGCCCCCUCUCUCUGACCCACAUAGCACAGAACCUCUGUCCUCUUGUCCUGUGGAUUACAGCAUUCUCAAGGCAGCCAUAACACAGUACAAAGCUUCUAAGCAGGCUGCAACCUCCAUGGUUGAGGGGGAAGACAACUUGGUUGGGUUUGGUGUGAACCCUCAUCAGAGCUACUUGUAUCCCAACUCAGCACAAUGGAGCAACUAUUCCAGUUCUUCUGGCUAUCACAUGAGCUCUGCGUAUUCUUCACCUGCAUGCUCGACCUCUCAAGGACAGGACUACAGCCAAGUGAGCAGCAUGAUUGUGACCCUUGCCAACACUGUCCCCCUCUCCCUGCCUGCUAAUCAGGCUAACCCUAACUCCUCAUGUGUAAAUCCAUCUGUUAACACUGCUCCCCCGGGCAUGUCCCAAACCCCCUGCAGCAAAGUGGACAUGGAUCCGGAUGUGCUGUCCUGCCCUCAGCCCUUGCCUCAGGCUCAAACUCAUUCUUUUAUCAAUGACAGUCAGACGUUUUUGCCUGUCUCUCAAGAUACACAGACUACAGCCAUGGAACCUACUGUCUUGUCUUUAUCUUCCUCCUCCUCUGUACCUUGCACUUUGCCCAGCUACCCAGAUGCUCCUGUAUUCCCUGGUCCCAUACCCACACCCCCUGUGCCACCUGUGUAUAACUGGGCAGCCCCAACAGGGGCACAGAACAACUAUGUACUGGGGGGGAGCCCGGCAUCUUUCGCAAAGAAUGAUGGUGCAGCUUCAAAUGAAGGAUUAUGUAUAGGGCCUGUUGAAGAUUUGACUCUUAACAUUAAAGUUGAUGGAAGCAUAUCUGGCACACCGCCUUCCUCUGUGCAAUUCCAGGACGGAGGGAUUGAGACAAGUAGCAUGCCGGGCAGUAUGAUGCCCAGCAGUCAGGGUAUUAGGACAUCAGUAAACUCUUGUACAGAGAGCCUCAGAGGUGGCAUGGCACCCUCUCGUGGCAUGACUGGAGGGGGCAUGCAUAGCAACCCCAGAGGGCUCCUUCCUCGUCCUGGAGCCACAAUGCGCCCUGUGUGCAGAGGAGGGCCACAUGGGCCAGUCUCACACAGCGGGAACCGCAUGUUUGGCCCCCGGGGGCCCAUGCCAGGGCCUAUGGACAUAAGGCGAGGAGGAUUCAGAGGGAGAGGAAUGCCCCCCAUGCCCAUGAGAUCCAGACCAGGCAGGGGGUCAAUGUGGGGAGGAACGCACUGUAACCGGGGCUAUGGGCCUCCAAAGGAUUACUACUCCGACUACACUUACUAAAUGUUGGCUACACUUAAUAAAAUGUCGGAAGCAGUCAGUAUUAACAGACUACUGCCAUACAGAAUGUAUAUAUUCAACAUGAAGAGCACAUUAAAUUUAAGGAAAAUAAAUUGGUUUUGUACAAUUAGAUCAACAAAUCAGAUCAUGACCAGGAUUGUGUCUCCUCUCAAACGCUCUUCUUUAAUAAGUUGUUUGAAACCUUGUUCAGACCACUAUAUUUAUAUCGCCAAGAAAUGUAAUUGCCUUUUGAUGUUUUUUUUGUUUGUUUUUUCAAUGUUUUUUAUUUUUUUGUUUGUGUUCUAAUUUUCAAAAUAGUUUGUGAACAGGGGUCAAAACUCAGACAAUAUUUUUUUAAAAAAGAAAAAAGUGAAUCACUCUUCAUUUUAGCUGCUUUUGUUUGCUUUGUUUUUUACAUUCUUGGUUGUACAAAUGUUCUAUUAAACAAGGUUGUAUCGAA